AUGGUUCGUUUGUUUUACUAUUUGAAAAAAAAGUACGAUUCUGCACACAUUGAAUAUUUUACCGACGACACAGACACUCAACAGAUCAUGUCUCGUUUGAUGUAUUCAGCUUUGUUAUGCAUAUUGAUUGGCAUCUGUGCAUUCAACAUCACAAAUGUUCGAGAAAAUACUUUUGAAAAUACCAAAUUCGGCUUACGAAUGUUAAUCAAUGGUUUGACGAAUCUUGAAAAGGUGUAUUUUGAAGAUGAACCCAUUACAAACAAACAUCCAAAAGAGAACAAUGCAACAGCUGUAAUGAAUAAAACUACAAAAAACAGCGAAUAUAAAUGUAUUGAUCAUCGAUAUAAGAUUCGCAUCAUUCAACGUACACCAUUAAUUGUGUACAUCGAAAAGUUUCUUCUUCCAUAUGAAAUUCGUCACCUGAUUGAAUUAGCUAAGCCAUUAUUCAGUCAAUCAACGAUCUAUGAAAAUGGUGAAUUCGUUCGAAAUCCCCACCGAACAUCAUGGACAGCUGAUAUCGAACGUCAUGAAACACCCGUGGUCAAAUGUAUCGAAGAACGAUUUGCUCAUUUCCAAGGAAAUCUUGAUCUCGAACAUGUUGAACCGUUACAAGUCGUCAAAUAUACUUCUGAUCAAGAGUACAAGCCGCAUUAUGAUUGGUUUCCUGAAGGUGAUCUACAUAAGUUUGGCAGUCAACGAGUGGCAACAUUUUUUACCUAUCUCUAUGCGAAUUGUUCACAAGGUGAAACUGAGUUUCUGAAGAUUCGAUUUGAGAAAUCUAUACACACGAAGUUCUGCGAUAUCUUGGUUUGUGAUGAAAAGGUUUCACAAUUGGGCCUUCGGUUUCGUCCACUAGUUGGAAAUAGUAUAUUUUGGUAUAACGUGAAUGAACAAGGAAGAGGUGACCCAUUGACAUUUCAUGCUGGAAGAGCACCAACGAAAGAUGGAUUAAAAAUUGGGUUGAACACUUGGAUACGUUCGAAGAAAGUGACUGUGAAAAGUAGAAAAGAUGUGAAUUAUUCUACGAUUAAAAACACGAAAUAG